GCCAUUUCUGGAACUCAGAAAAAUCAUAGGAAAAUUAGGCUAGCUGUUGUUAAACAUUUAGAAAGCAAUCCUCUUACAUAUAAGAGUAUUUUGAGAAGGGAGUAUUUUUCAGUUUCUGUAUACCUGAAUAAGUCAAAGAUGCAUCUUGUUGGUAGUUGGGCAACAGAGGUCGAAAUUCAAGCAGCAGCAGAUUGUUUAGGUGUAAACAUUUUUACAUUCUUUAAUGGUCGGUGGCUUCAGUAUAGCUGUAGAGAUCGUACAUUUUCAAAUCAGGGGCUUUAUGUUGCAAAUACCAAUGGUAACCAUUAUGAGACAGUUGUCUGUGUACAACAACCUCAGACACAUAUGUGUUAUGGUUAUUGCAAAGUGAAGUCAUCCUUUUCAGAUGGGUACAAUCUGAGAUGGAAGAAUGAUGACGCAAGUGCUACAAUACACAGUUUAAAACUUAACACUUUACUUGAAACAGAAGUAACAUGUAGACCAGCUAAAGAGGAGGCACAUGUCAGUGAAAACAUUUGUUGCUCUAAAGGUAAAUAUUCAUUUUCAAAGUAUUUAAAAACUCAAAGGACUUCGACAUAUAAACUUAAGUAUCAUGUGCUUUAUAAGGAAAAUCAAAAAGUAGUAAGAAACAGGUUUUAUCGAGAAAAUGUGUUGCAUAGAGAGAUAAAAAAAGCUCAAAUCAAAAGGAAAUAUAGAAGUAAUAUCUUGUAUAAGGAAAAAGUAAAAGAGCUGAGCAUAACAAAAUAUAAGGAAAAUGUAUCUCAUAAGGAGAAAGUAAAAGAACUGAGCAAGAUUAAAUAUGAAGAUGUUUUACAUAAAGAAAAAAAGAAAGAUGAGAGUAAAAGGAAAUAUAGAGAAAAUGCCUCCCAUAAGGAGAAACUAAAAGCAUUGAGUAAGAUUAAAUAUGAAGAUGUUUCACAUAAAGAAAAAAAGAAAGAUGAGAGCAAAAGGAAAUAUAGAGAAAAUGCCGCCCAUAAGGAGAAACUAAAAGCACUCAACAAAAGGAAAUACAGGCUUAAUCAACUGCACAAAAAUGCUAAAAAAGUAAUGAGUAAAAGUAAAUAUCAUUCAACUGCUGAGCAUAAGAAACAAGUAAAAGAGUUGGUAAAUCUGAAAAGGCACCAAAUUAAAGUCAAGAUGCAGGAGUUUGAUUUUGUGAUAGAGAAAUUUUUGGAUAAAGUUGAAGAGGGGCCUCAUUAUGUUUGUGGUUGUUGUAAUAGGUUGCUUUUUAAACAUCAAGUCUUGAAAUGUAAAUGGGAUUAUUAUAAGAAGAGCCGAUUGUUAGCUGAAAUAGCAGAGAAAUGCAUCAGUGACGAGUAUCUACACAAAUGUAAGGAAGAUUGCAUAGUGCCAUGUCCAUUGUUAGAAACGGCUUAGGGUAUACU